AUGGCGCAGGCUCUAGGUCCUGUGGAUCAGGUUCUCCAAAGAAGUGUGGGCAGCGGAUCCCGGACAGGCCGUUCCUGCCAACCCAGCCAUGCACGAGGACAUGCUAGGCCAACGAUAUGGGGUGCGCCUCUGGUCACAUGGGCCACAGAGAUCAACACAGACCCAGGCUACAGUGGGACCACGGACUCAGACAUGGCCCUCAGCAACAGAUCAGGCCUGGAUAUCACCAUGAUCAGGCCUGGAGUCAGUGCAGGCCACCCACAUCAGUAUGGCCCAGGUGGCAGCAUGGCCCUUGGAUACCGCCGACAUGAUCUCUGCACUCGUGUGCCCCCGGGUCCAGAGGACGUCUUGAGUGGCUCUAUUGCUCUCCUCUUUGCCCUUGAGACAGGGUCUCUCGCUGAACCUGAGCUACGCUGGGGGCCAGCAGCAAGGUCUGGGGAUCUUCCUGUCUCCAUUCCGCCAGCAUCAGGGUUACAGGCACAAUAUCCAGAGAUAAAAUCCUUGGUGAAACCUGACCCCAACAUGAUCUGGAUCAUAUCCAUGAUAUUUCUUGCCCAGCUGGCUUUAUUUUACUUAGUGAAAGACUUGGAAUAGAAAUGGGUCCUAUUUUGGUCCUUUGUCUUUGGUAGCUCCAUUAACCACUCCUCAACGACUCUGAGGAUCCCUGAGAUUUCCCACAAUUUCCCCUUUGGCCACUACAGGGCGCUGUGGAACUGCUGGUUUGGAAUAUUUGCUAACCUCCCUAUUGGAGUUCCAUAUUUGGUUUCCUAUAAAAUGUAUCACAUGGAUCAUCAUCGAUACCUUGGAGCUGAUGGCAUCGACGUGAAUAUUCCUACCGAUUUUGAGGGCUGGUUCUUCUACACCACACUCAGGAAGCUUGUCUGGAUUAUUUUUCAGCCUCAAUUUGUGAUUUUUCGUCCUCUAUUUAUCAACCUGAAACCAAUUUCCUAUCUAGAAAUCAUCAAGACUGUAACCCAGACCAUUUUUGACAUUAUACUUUACUAUGUUUUUGGAAUUAAAUCUCUAGUCUACAUGUUGGCAGUCUCCCUGCUUGGCCUAGGUUUGCACCCAAUUCCUGGGCAUUUUAUAGCCGAACAUUAUAUGUUCUUAAAGGGACACGAAACAUACUCAUAUUAUGGGCCUCUGAAUCUGCUGACCUUCAAUGUGGGCUAUCAUAAUGAACACCACGACUUCCCCAACGUUCCUGGAAAAAACCUGCCCCUGGUGAGGAAAAUAGCAGCCGAGUACUACGAUAAACUCCCCCAGUACAACUCCUGGAUCAAAGUACUGUAUGAUUUUGAUGAUGACACCCUGAGUCCCUACUCACGGAUGAAGAGCCUCCGAAAGGGAAUGAGAUUCUGGAGAUAA